AUGAUCUCGUGGUACCAGAGGCCAGCAGGAGACUCUGCUCUGAAGUUAAUCGGGUACAUGCUCUACACCAGCCAGAACCUGGAAGAUGAAUUCAAAGAGCGUUUUGGAGUGAGUGGAGACGGCUCGAAGAAGUCUGAGCUUCAGCUGGAGAAGCUCAACGCAGAGGACAGCGGUGUUUACUUCUGUGUAGCUCAAAGACACGGUUCCUCUCUGAGUGAACAAGUUGUCCAGACUCCAGCAGAAACCCUGAAACGCUCUGGAGAAACAGCCAAAAUCAGCUGUUCUCACAGUAUUCAGAGCUACGAUCAGAUCCUGUGGUACAAACAGUCGGAUCAGCAUCCCAUGCAGCUCCUGGGCUACAUGUUCGGAGACGCAGCGUUCCCAGAGAGAGGCCUGAACGUGAAAAUGGAGGGGAGUGCGAACAAAGACAAGAGCUGCACUUUAACGGUGGAGGGCUCCUCUCUCAGUGACCAGGUCGUCCAGACUCCAUCCUUCAUUCAAGCCAGUCCAGGAGGAGCGGCCAAGAUGACAUGCUCCCACAGCAUUCAGAGCUACAACCAGAUCCUCUGGUAUAAGAGAUCAGAGCACGGAGAGCUGACCCUCCUGGGAUACAUGUAUUUGGACAACAGUAAUCCAGAACCUGGAGUGAACGUGCUGAUGGAGGGGAGUGCAGAUGAGGGCAGGAACUGCUCGUUAACCCUUAGAGAGCUGAGCGUGAGCAGCAGUGCACUUUACUUCUGUGCUGCAAACGUGAACAACUACGAACCGGCAUACUUUGGCAAAGGAACCAAACUCACGGUCUUAGAAACCGGUCGUGAACCAGUUCUUCCAACAGUAAAACUUCUACCGCCUUCAGAGAAGCAGUGCAGAUCAAGAAAAGAACAAGAAAACAAGAACAAGAGGGACAUCAGGAAAAAGACCCUGGUGUGCGUGGCCUCCGGGUUCUACCCGGACCACGUCAGUGUGUCCUGGUUCAUCAAUGGGCUAAGAGUCAGGGAAGGCGUGCAGACAGACGGCGCCGCCCGCAGAGUCGGAGAGUCUUACAACAUCACCAGCAGACUGACGGUUCUGGCCAAACACUGGUUCAGUCCCCAAACUGUGUUCAAUUGCACCGUUGACUUCUUUGAUGGGAACAAGAACACCAUUUGUUUUGAUUCCAUCACCUCUCAAACAGCCGAUGAAGGCAUGGGUCGAGAGAAAUACCUGACGAUCACUCAGAACGCCAAACUGUCCUACAUGGUCCUGAUCGUGAAGAGCUGUCUCUACGGAGCCUUCGUGGGCCUUCUGGUCUGGAAGCUCCAGGUUUGUCUCGUGAUUUCAGAUGUGAACCAUCAGAACUAA